UCCUUCAUCCAGCUAGGACAACUAUAAUGUCAACCUCUGGGAGUUGGAACAAGUAUAACGACGACCUGUUACAAAUCAGUGAUGCAAGAAUCAGCCUUCAUCUACCUUUCUCAUUCCUUUUCUGCUACUAGUAUAUAUGUAUGUGUUUGUUCUGCUACUACAAGUCACUCGAUAGUAGAGGGAGAAAAGUAGAAGAGAGAAGAAGAAAAAGAUCAUUUUUUUCAUCAAAGAAGUGAGAAAUGGAGAGACUGAGGAGCUUGUAUGUGUUGAUCUUGGCAAUCAUAGUGAUUCUCGGCAGAGCUGAAGGGCAACUAGAAGAGAACUUCUACAGUUCUACCUGUCCUAAUGUGGAGUUUAUAGUUCAACAGGCUGUGGCUACAAAGUUCAGCCAGACUUUUGUCACUAUUCCAGCUACUUUGCGUCUCUUUCUCCAUGAUUGUUUUGUUGAGGGAUGUGACGCCUCCGUUAUGAUAGAUUCACCAGAUGGAGACGCAGAAAAGGAUGCCGAGGAUAACCUUUCUCUUGCAGGUGAUGGCUUUGACACUGUGAUAAAGGCAAAAGAAGCAGUAGAGGCUCAGUGCCCGGGAGUAGUAUCAUGUGCAGAUAUCUUAGCAAUUGCCACCAGAGACGUUGUAGUGCUGGCAGGAGGCCCUUCAUACAAUGUAGAAUUGGGACGUCGUGAUGGGCUCAUCUCCAAGGCAUCUCGGGUGGCUGGAAAUUUGCCAGAACCUGAAUUCAAUCUCAAACAACUGAACACUAUGUUUGCCAGCCACAAUCUUAGCCAGUUUGACAUGAUAGCUCUUUCAGGGGCUCACACACUUGGCUUCUCUCACUGUAACCGUUUUUCAGACCGUCUCUACUCAUUUAGCCCAUCCAACCCUGUUGACCCUUCUUUGGAUCCAGAUUAUGCUAAACAACUUAUGGAAAUGUGCCCUCAAGAUGUAGAUCCUUCCGCUAUUGUAGACAUGGACCCUGUGACUCCACAAACCUUUGACAACGAGUAUUACAAGAAUCUGGUUGGGGGAAAGGGUUUGUUCACCUCAGAUCAGGUGCUCUUCACUGAUGAAUCGUCUCAAGGUACUGUUAAUGACUUCGCUACUAACGGUUUCGACUUUAAUGGAGCUUUUGUCUCUGCAAUGAGAAAACUCGGAAGGGUUGGUGUUAAAACUGGUGACGAAGGUGAAAUAAGACUGGACUGCACCAUGUUCAACUCAUAAGACCCAAGGCCUUCAACAGAAGGAAAAAAGAUGCUUGUCUGUAAAUCCAUGUUGGAAGUCCGAAGAGUGAAAAUAAUUUCUUUUUCUUUUUCUUUUUUUUUUUUGAAAUAUUUGAUGUAAUUGGCUGAACAAAUCAUCCAUGUUAGGAAGUCCCUAGAGUGGAAAUAAUUUGCCUUUUUUUGGCAAUAUUUGAUGUGAUUGGCUAAAUAAAUCGUGUGUAUAAGGUCCAAAAGAUUGGAUUUCUUUUGAAUUUUGCAAGCAUUCUUAUAUUGGAAACUUACAUGAAUCCGAUCUCCGAGUUACUGAAUUCAGUCUCGACUUUUUCAUGGUUGCAGCUGGUGCAAUAAUUUGCAUCAUCAACAAGCAUGAACUUAUGUUGAUCUUAUGCAUGUUAAUUUACAUGUGUUUUCUGGUAA